GAAGUUACUUCUGUUUUUUCAGGUCUAAAGGAAACCAGACUAAUGCAGAUCAACAACGACAACACUUCUUCAUGUGUGUGGGACGGUAGCUCGGUCUGACAGAGCUCUGGGGGACAGAGGAAGACCAGUAUCAGGAUGGAGGAUCAGAGCCCAGACUCUCCUGAACCCAGCUGUGUGUCCAUGAAGAGUGACUGGUCUACUGAUCGCUCUAUUAACUUCAAACGAUCUGCAGAUGGAAGUCUCAGGAUUAAGAAGCAGAGCUCAGACUCUCCUGAACCCAGCUGUGUGUCCAUGAAGAGUGAUCAGUCUAAAUAUGACUUUAUGAACUUCAAACAAUCUGCAGAUAGAAGAGGUCAGCUGGAAACAUCAGAGUUCUUCAAUGAUCAGUCCAAGCAGCAUCAAACAGAGCUGGACUCCAUAUUUAUGCUGCUGGAGGAGAACAUUAUCACCUUUGUGAAGAAGGAACUGAAGAGAUUUCAGAAGGCUCUGAGUCAGGAGAACCCAGAACGUCACAGUGAGGAUGAGGAGGUGUUGGUUGGUGAAGAUGAAGAGCAGAGGAGCAGCAGAGAGGCUUUUGUGAAGAUCACAGAGAACUUCCUGAGGAGAAUGAAGCAGUAUGAGCUGGCUGACUGUCUGAGGAACAGAACUCCUGCUUCAGUUUGCCAACAUAAACUCAAGUCUAAGCUGAAGGAGAAGUUCCAGUGUGUGUUUGAGGGGAUCGCUAAAGCAGGAAACCCAACCCUUCUGAAUCAGAUCUACACAGAGCUCUACAUCACCGAGGGAGGGACUGGAGAGGUCAACCAUGAACACGAGGUCAGACAGAUGGAAACAACAUCCAGGAAAGCACACAGAGCAGAAACAAUCAUCAGACAAGAAGACAUCUUUAAAGCUCCACCUGGAAGAGAUCGACCAAUCAGAAGAGUGAUGACGAAGGGCAUGGCUGGCAUUGGGAAAACAGUCUUAACCCAGAAGUUCACUCUGGACUGGGCUGAAGGCAAAGCCAACCAGGACAUCCAGUUCACAUUUCCAUUCACUUUCAGAGAGCUGAAUGUGCUGAAAGAGAAAAAGUUCAGUUUGGUGGAGCUCCUUCAUCACUUCUUUACUGAAACCAAAGAAGCAGGACUCUGCAGGUUUGAAGACUUCAAGGUGGUGUUCAUCUUUGACGGUCUGGACCAGUGUCGACUUCCUCUGGACUUCAACAAAACUAAAAUCCUAAGUGAUGUCACAAAGUCCACCUCAGUGGAUGUGCUGCUGACAAACCUCAUCAGGGGGGACCUGCUUCCAUCUGCUCGCCUCUGGAUAACCACACGACCUGCAGCAGCCAAUCAGAUCCCUCCUGAGUGUGUUGACAUGGUGACAGAGAUCAGAGGGUUCACUGACCCUCAGAAAGAGGAGUACUUCAGGAAGAGACUCAGAGAUGAGGAGCAGGCCAGCAGGAUCAUCUCCCACAUUAAGACAUCCCGAAGCCUCCACAUCAUGUGCCACAUUCCGGUCUUCUGCUGGAUCACUGCUACAGUUCUGGAGGAUCUGCUGAAGACCAGAGAGGGAGGAGAGUUGCCCAAGACCCUGACUGAGAUGUUCAUCUACUUCCUGGUGGUUCAGUCCAAACUGAAGAGCAUCAAGUAUGAUGGAAGAGCUGAGACAGAUCCACAUUGGAGUCCAGACAGCAGGAAGAUGAUGGAGUCUCUGGGAAAACUGGCUUUUGAGCAGCUGCAGAAAGGGAACCUGAUUUUCUAUGAACCAGACCUGACAGAGUGUGGCAUCGAUAUGAGAGCAGCCUCGGUGUACUCAGGAGUGUUCACACAGGUCUUCAGAGAGGCGAGAGGACUGUACCAGGACAAGGUGUUCUGCUUCAUCCAUCUGAGUGUUCAGGAGUUUCUGGCUGCUCUUCAUGUCCAUCAGACCUUCAUCAACUCUGGAGUCAAUCUGAUGGAAGAAGAACAAACACCAUCCAGAUCUACAAUGACACAGCUCUACCAGAGUGCUGUGGACCAGGCCUUACUGAGCCCAAAUGGACACCUGGACCUGUUCCUUCGUUUCCUCCUGGGUCUGUCACUGACCACCAAUCAGAAUCUCCUACAAGGUCUGCUGACACAAACAGGAAGUGACUCAGAGACCAGAAAGAAAACAGUCGAGUACAUCCAGACAAAGAUCAAUGAGGAUCUGUCUGCAGAGAAGAGCAUCAAUCUGUUCCACUGUCUGAAUGAACUGAAUGAUCGUUCUCUAGAGGAGCAGAUCCAACAGUUCCUGAGAUCAGGACAUCUCUCCAGAAUGUCUUUGUCUCCUGCUCAGUGGUCAGCUCUGGUCUUCAUCUUACUGUCAUCAGAAAAAGAUCUGGACGUGUUUGACCUGAAGAAAUACUCUGCUUCAGAGGAGGCUCUUCUGAGGCUGCUGCCAGUGGUCAAAGCCUCCAACAAAGCUCUACUGAGUUUCUGUAACCUCUCAGAGAGAAGCUGUGGAGCUCUGUCCUCAGUCCUCAACUCCUCCAGUCUCAAAGAUCUGGACCUGAGUAACAACGACCUGCAGGAUUCAGGAAUUGAGCAACUUUGUUGUGGACUUGUGGAUCCAGGGUCUAAGUUGGAGUCGCUCAGGCUGAGUGUCUGUAACCUCUCAGAGAGAAGCUGUGGAGCUCUGUCCUCAGUCCUCGGCUCCUCCAGCCUCAGAGAUCUGGACCUGAGUAACAACCGACUGCAGGAUUCAGGAGUGAUGCUGCUGUCUUCUGGACUGGAGAGUCCACACUGCAGACUGGACUCUCUCAGUCUGUCUGGCUGUUUGGUCACAGAGGAAGGCUGUUCUUCUCUGGCCUCAGCUCUGAGCUCCUCCUGUCUGACAAAGCUAGACCUGAGCUACAAUCAUCCAGGAGAAGGAGGAGAGAAACUACUGUCUGCUCUACAGAAGGAUCCACACUGCAGACUGGAGACACUGAGGCUGGACCAUGGUGGACGGCACAGACUGAAACCAGGUCUAAAGAAGUACGCCUGUGAGCUGGAAGUGGACACAAACACAGUGCACAGAAGACUCAAACUGUCUGACAACAACAGGACGGUGACAGGUGUGGAGGAGGAUCAGCCAUAUCCUGAUCAUCCAGACAGAUUUGACUGGGAUCAGCUGCUGUGUCGGACUGGUCUGACUGGUCGCUGUUACUGGGAGGUCGAGUGGAGAGGAUGGGUUCAUGUAUCAGUGAGUUACAGAGGAAUCAGACGGAGAGGAGACGUGAAAGAAUGUGUGUUUGGAUAUAAUGAUCAGUCCUGGAGUCUAAUCUGCUCUGAUCAUGGUUACUAUGUCUAUCACAAUGACAGAGGAACAACCAUCUCCUCCUCCUCUUCAUCCUCUGGUAGAGUAGGGGUGUAUCUGGACCAUCCUGCUGGCUCUCUGUCCUUCUACAGAGUCUCCUCUGACAGACUGAUCCACCUCCACACCUUCAACACCACAUUCACUGAACCGCUCUAUCCUGGGUUUAGGUUAGGUUCAGGUUCCUCAGCAUCUCUGUGUUCUCUGUAGCUCAAACUCUGCUGUCUGAAUCCAAAUCAUACAACAUACAAUUGAGCCAACAUUGUUGUAGGAGCCACAUUUGAGUUUUUAUGACAUGCUCUCAUUUGACAUUGUUCACUUUUCUUUCAUUUUGUUGGUGCCCUCCGCAGAUGGUGAGGGCGCUGGCCUAUUAGAAUGAGUGGCUGACGCACAGCCAGGAAGAUGGGUCACAGCGCAAACUGUCAUUGAGCACAGGCUUAGAUAGCUGUGAAUGAUUUGUAUUCAGAAACCCUAUCAAAUGAACUUUUGUUUUUCAUUGUCUCUUUUAAUUUUGGUCAUAAACAAAAGCAACUAUGAAGCAGCUCUCUCAGGAUUGAUUUUUGGCAGUCUGUGUGUGUGAUGAUGAAGCUGUGAUGAUGUUCCCAUUCUACCUGUGGUAAAAACACACUGGCCUGCUGGAAGAAGUUUGUCAUUAAAAUUACAAAUAAGCAUGAGAUUUAUGAGAUGUAAAUACUUAUUAUUUGUCCUAUCUUCCUUAUAGGUGAUACAGACCCAUAGGGAGAGAUGAAAUAGGUUCCCUAACCUUCAGUAAUUUCUCCACCCUAAGCAGGGAGAGGGACAGCUGCUUCAUUUUAAUUUUAAUAACAAACUUCCUCCAGCAGGCCAGGUUGAGAAGGUUAUUGAUCCUGAGCAUUAAUAUGAACUAAUAUAUAUUUUUGUAACCUGGGUCUAUCAAGUCUUGCACUUCUUGUUAUGGAUUUUCACCUUUGAUCUUUGUACAGCACAUAUGUUGUUUCUUUAUUCUUGUUACUCUAUUGUACUAUAUAUUCCAUGUUUGUUGUUAAACUGAGUGUUUUGGUUGAUAAUUGGUCAUGUGACCAUGUGUAUUAAACACACCUGUGUAUACCCGUUUGUUUAUGC